AUGGAGAAUCUAACAAGUAUGAUGGAGUUACUGAACAAUUCUAUGAACCAGACAGAGGACAUGAGACAGAUGCCCCGGAAUCCUCUCGGGUUCCAGGUGGUCACAAUACUGUUGGUCCUGUUGAUCUGUGGUGUGGGGAUAGCUGGCAACGUCAUGGUGGUACUGGUGGUGCUGAAGACCAAACACAUGAGAACCCCCACUAACUGCUACCUGGUGAGUCUGGCAAUCGCAGACCUGGUUGUGCUCUUGGCGGCCGGUCUGCCCAAUAUCACCGAGAGUGUGGCCGCCUCUUGGGUCUACGGAUACGUGGGGUGCCUUUGCAUCACGUACCUUCAGUACUUGGGCAUCAACGCGUCCUCAUGUUCCAUCACCGCGUUUACCAUAGAGCGGUACAUUGCAAUCUGCCAUCCCAUCAAAGCUCAGUUCAUCUGCACCGUGUCCAGAGCCAAGAAAAUAAUCGCAUUUGUAUGGGCCUUCACUUCAGUAUACUGCGUGAUGUGGUUCUUUUUACUAGAUAUCACGCAGAUUCCACAUGUUGAUGGCAUUGAGGUGGUUUGUGACUAUAAGGUGUCCAGAAACCAUUACUUGCCCAUCUACUUCUUGGACUUCACGAUGUUCUACGUGAUACCGUUAUUCGUGGCCACGGUCCUUUAUGGUCUCAUUGCUCGGAUCCUGUUUCUGAAUCCAAUUCCCAACACCCCACAGGACACAGCCAAUAAUUCCAUUCACAAGGGGCGCACCAACACUAUCAAGACGUCCAGUGGUCGCAGCAAGGGCGCUCAAUCUUCAAGGAAGCAGGUCACACAAAUGCUGGCAGUGGUGGUUAUCCUUUUUGCACUCCUAUGGAUGCCCUACCGAACGUUGGUUGUGGUUAACUCUUUCAUGAGUGCACCCUACUUGAACAUCUGGUUUCUAUUGUUCUGCAGGAUGAAUAUUUAUCUGAACAGUGCCAUCAACCCUAUCAUUUACAACCUAAUGUCUCAGAAAUUUCGUGCUGCCUUCAAAAAACUAUGCAAAUGCAAACAGGCACAGGCAGAGAAACGUACAGACUAUAAUGUGCCUGUUUACUACAGUGUGAUGAAAGAUACGUCACAUGAAAGUUCUGAUCAUUAUCUAACAGAGCAAGAGGAUGUCAAUGGAUAUCCCAUUUCUAACAGAGAUAAAUUUUAA